AUGCCGAUGGGCAUGGCUGUAUUCGAUAACGACGAUGUUCUCUCUCAGGAUCCUUCUACUUCGCGUAAGAUAACUCUCCCCUUCCUUGGGGCAACCUAUGCGUUCUGGAUCACUAACAGCUUCGCUUACCUGGACCUCUUUAUUGUGGUCUUGACCACCCUCACGCUAUCGAGAUGUUUUCGCAACCUCCGCGAGGCAUUCAUCGAAGAUCAUGAAGUGUCCUCCAGAAUUUCGUGCGACGCACGCUUCGCGUCUCAACCAGGAUCUAGCCUUGCUACAGUACCGCACACUGUUGAUCGAGAGCUAGAAGAGCCUUGA